AUGAGCGGCAUUGUUGUAAAUGAAGAUAUCAAGGCUGGUGCAGAGAGGAUUAUGGCUACCAUAAAGAAUGAAGAAUCCCAGCAACAACAGAAAAUUCCUGGCAUAAAGGAGGAGCCGGUUCAAGCGGAACAGAGGAUGGAUUCCAAAAACGAAGAGUCCUCUAAUGGACAGCAGGUGCAAAUCAGUCCUGCUUUCUCUUCUGAUUUAGGAGAUGCUGCAAUCGAAGUUGAUCCAGGUCCCCCUCCGUCUACUCCAGUAGCCCCGCUGGAGCACCCGACUCCAAGUUUUCAUGCCAAAAACUUGGUUUUGAAGAGCGGGCCACUUCUUUUAUCAACAAAAGGAAUUGGAUGGACAUCAUGGAAGAAAAGGUGGUUUAUUUUGACACGAACUUCGUUAGUUUUCUUCAGAAGUGAUCCAACUGCCAUUCCUCCGAAGGGGGGGAAUGAAGUGAAUUUAACUCUUGGCGGUAUUGAUCUCAACAAUUCAGGCAGUGUGGUUGUCAAAGCUGAUAAAAAACUCAUAACUGUACUAUUUGAAGAUGGCGAAGAUGGAAAAAACUUCACACUAAAGGCUGAAACUUCAGAAGAUUUGUACGAGUGGAAGGCUGCAUUUGAGAAUGCUUUUUCACAAGCACCAAGUUCUUCUCAUGUGAUGGGGAAAAAUGGCAUCUCAAGAAAUGAUAAAGCAGAUGCAGUUGAUGGUUCUAAGGAACCAGUGAACGGAAAACAGCCUGUGAUAUCUACGGUCAUAGGAAAACCAAUUUUACUUGCACUAGAAGAUGCUGAUGGAGCUCCAACAUUUUUGGAGAAGGCCCUAAGAUAUGUAGAAGAGCACGGAACAAAAGCAGAAGGGGUCUUACGACAAGCUGCUGAUGUUGAAGAUGUCAAGCGCCGAAUUCAGGAAUAUGAACAGGGAAAAACUGAGCUUACUUCUGAGGAGGAUCCACAUGUCAUUGCUGAUUGUGUCAAGUAUGUCAUUCGAGAGUUGCCAUCAUCUCCUGUCCCUGCAUCAUGCUGCAAUGCACUACUAGAAGCAAGCCGAUCUGAAAGUGGUGGUAGAGUAGAUGCUAUGCGUGUGGCAAUAUUGGACACGUUUCCUGAGCCAAACCGCCGCUUAUUACAAAGAAUUCUGAAGAUGAUGCAAGCUGUGGCUUCUCAUAGAGCUGAAAAUCUGAUGAACUCUUCAGCCGUGGCGGCAUGCAUGGCACCCUUGCUUCUUCGCCCCCUUCUAGCUGGUAACUGUGAAAUUGAAAUCGGUUUUGAUGUGGAUGGUGAUAGUUCAUUUCAACUGCUGCAAGCAGUUGCUGCAGCCAAUCAUGCUCAAGCCAUUGUUACAACAUUACUCGAAGAGUAUGAUAAAAUAUUUGGGGAAUGGUAUGAUGUUUCCCCUCAUUUAUACUCUGAAACGGAAGAGAGUGGAAUUGUAAGUCGGGAGACAACUGACGAUGACUGUGAUGAUGCAAAACAAGGGUCUGAUGCGCUCAGUGAUAAUGACUAUGUAGCAAGUGGAACAGGCAGGAAGAGUGGUCACCCUGUUAACAAUGAUCUGGAUAUUGAUUCUGAUUAUUCAAGCCCAAGUUCACCAAUAAAGACCAAUAAGUUUGCUGAGCGUCCCAAAGAUGCUCAAGGAGUAACCAAGUUGGAGGAUAAAUUAAAUCAUCACAAUCAAAUCUCAUGCAUCCCAAAAUCCGCAUCUAUUAGAAUUGAGCGUGGCCACAAUGUUAAGCGUCCCGCUGUUUGGGGAUGGGCUGCCGCGAAGAAGAAGCUUUCUAUGGAACGCAUUGAUUCUCCACGUAAAGAGGAGGCUAAUAUAGAGAAUAUCGAGGCUGAAAAAUCUGACUUGCAAAAGACAAUCACAGAACAGGUUGAAGGUAAAACGAUUCACGAAGCCAGCUUGGUGAAACAAAAGAAGACAUUGCAUGAGCGUCGCCUAGCUCUCCAAAUAGAUUUAUCAAGAUUAGAGGAAGAGUUGCAGAGGGAAAGAGAUAAGAGAACAUCUCUGGAAGCUGGACUUAUGCCAUCUCAAGGACCUGUAUUUCUCCCAGAUAUACUUGAUGAGAAGACAAAGACAGAUCUCAAUGACAUAGCUCAAGCAGAGGCAGACAUAAACAAUUUGAACAAAACGGUUGAUGAUCUCCAGAUGCAGCUAAAUCAACUGCUUGAGCAAAAUUCUGUUUCCCUGAAUAAUACGUCCAAUCGACAUCAACCGGAUCACCAAUCAAACAUGAAGGAUAAGCCAAAGGAUGCUGAAGCUGCUUUGAAAAAGUCAGUAAGCAAGGGUAAAUAUGUGGACAAAGUUGAGUGCGAGAACGAGAAGCAAGAACCCUCUUCGGCAAAUGAACAGAACAUCAACCGUACGCGUGCAGACGAGACAACUGCAAGGAAUUCCCCUGCUUUAGUUAAUGCAAAGAAGUCUGCUCUCAAGGGCGAGGGAGUUAAUUCCCCAACUUCAGCACUGGCAAAGCUGACAACACGGCUCAGUUUUCUGAAAGAGAGACGAAACCAGAAUGCAAAAGAAGUAGAGAAAGGCCAACGUUCAAUAGUUCCAAGCCAAGAUAAGACCAAAACAACACAACCUAUUCAAGCUGCUCAAAAUCAAGAGAAAACUACAGGACCAGAUAGUAGCCAAUAACUCUACAGUCCAAACAAACGGGGUUGUAUAACCAAGCAUUUCCAUGUUCACAAAACAAGAAUCUGGAAAUCGGAACAUCAGACUCGGACCGGCGAUUAAAAAACCCGUAAGGGCCAUGGUGUUCUACCGUGCAGAGAAAGCUCAAGUCACAAGGUUAGUCUCUUUCUAGUCCCAGGACUUGAGUUGCCUCUGUUGUUGUGUUGUAUAUUUAUAUGUUUGCAAUUCAGCUUAAGGAUUACGAUGGUUGCUUU